ACUAACCCAAUCUGCGACAUAAUCUCGUUUAGUUCGUGGACUUAAUCCGCGUCUCCGUUGGUUAAUAUAGUUACAGCUCUAGCUCUGGAUCAUCGCGAGGGAGUUAGUUUAGUUAGUUAAUCAGUUGGGAACACACACGUCGGCCGUCUCGUCUCGCGCCAUUUUUUUUGAUGGGCUCGAGGGGCGGCGACGCCGACGCGUGGGAGACGGCGAGCGCGCGGAGCGGCGUCUCCUCCUCCUCCUCCGGCCGCGCGACGGCCGCGGCGGCGGCGCCGGCGCCGGAGAACAAGGUGUUCGUGGCUCUCCCGGCGCAGCACAAGAGCGGCAGGUCCACGCUCGCGUGGGCGCUCCGGCACGUCGCCGAACUGGCUCCGGCGGCGAUCGGCGGCGGCGGCGAGGUGGUGGUGGUGGCGGCGCACGUCCACUCGCCGGCGCAGAUGAUUCCGAUGAGCAUGGGAGGCAAGUUCCAUGCAAGUAAAUUGAGACCGGAACAGGUCAGUACUUACAGAAAAUAUGAAAGGGAGCAGGUGGAGAAGAAUUUGGAUGAAUACCUCGAGCAAUGCACAAAAAUGAAGGUCAAAUGUGAGAAAAUUGUUAUUGAGAAUGAAGACAUUGCUAAUGGGAUUACAGAGCUUAUUUUGCUGCAUGGGGUAAGUAAACUCGUCAUGGGAGCAGCUGCUGACAAGCAAUACUCCAGGAAAAUGAAAUUGCCCAAGUCCAAAACAGCACUCUCAGUCACGGUUAAAGCAAAUCCUUCAUGCAAGAUUUGGUUUGUUUGCAAGGAGCAUCUGAUAUACACUAGAGAUUUUGUUGCUCCUAUUUCUCCAAAUUCACAAUCACCUGACACUAUCAGAGGCUCAAUAUCCAAUCUAGCUGCACGGGGAGGAACUACAAACCAAUAUGCAAACAAUGCAGUUAACGGUUACGUACAGAGGUCCAUGUCUGAAAUGGUUGUCCCUGCAUCUAGCAGGGUAUCAUUGCAACUGCAUUCUCGAUCAUCGUUACAGGAGUCCCUUAGCAGGCUAAACAUGGAGGGCACCUCUGUUGAUUCCUGGGAUAGCUUCCGCAGAGGAAGCUUUCCAAGUUCAUACCGAGCUUCUUCUACUGUGACUGAAGAAGUGUUGAGCGAUUCUAGUUCAUCUGGAAUACCUAGAGAUGGCAUCUCAACACUUGCAGGUUGUGACUUUCCAAACUCAGCACUGCACCAUGAACAGGGUGACGCAGGUUCAAAUGCUAACCUAUUUGAUAAACUUGAAGAAGCCUUCGCAGAGGCUGAGAAGUAUAGGAAGCAAGCAUAUGAUGAGUCACUGAGAAGACAAAAGACAGAAGAAGAAUUGAUUUCAUAUCACCAAAAGGCCAGGAAAUCUGAGGAUUUGUUCUUAAAUGAGGCCAAGCAAAGGAAAGAGGUUGAGGAAACCCUAGCAAAGGCAAAUGUGGAGAUACAAUUAUUGAAGGAAGAAAUGGAUGCACUGAAACACAACCGAGAUGACCUCAGCAGUAAGCUUUCCGACGUGAGUGAACAGAAAGUGACACUAGAGCAACAGGCCGUGGAAUAUGGAAGCAUUAUCAUUGAUCUCAAGGAUACAGUUGCAGCAAGCCAAGCCCUCAUUGAUUCAAUGCAAAUGGAGUUUGAACAAUUGAAGCAUGAAAGAGACAAUGCACUCAAACAUGCAGAAGAGCUGCACAGAGAGAAACAAAACAUGGUAUCGAGCUCAGACUUGGAAUGGAGCACUGAAUUCUCUUUGUUGGAGCUGCAGCAGGCAACACAAAAUUUCAGUGAUGCAAUGAAAAUUGGAGAAGGUGGGUUUGGGUGUGUCUACAGGGGUCAGCUUCGUAACACCACUGUUGCAAUUAAGAUGCUUCGCUCUCAGAACUUGCAAGGGCAGUCACAGUUUCAGCAAGAGGUUGCUGUUCUUAGUAGAGUAAGGCAUCCAAACCUUGUAACUCUUGUAGGUUAUUGCUCAGAAGCUUCAGGUCUUGUGUAUGAAUUCUUACCAAAUGGAAGCCUUGAAGACCAUCUAGCCUGUGAAAGCAACACGUCUCCGCUUACAUGGCAGAUCCGUACACGGAUCAUCGGUGAGAUAUGUUCGGCGCUCAUCUUCCUUCACUCUGACAAGCCUCACGCAGUCAUCCAUGGUGAUCUCAAGCCAGCAAACAUUCUUCUUGAUGCAAAUUUGGUCAGUAAGCUUGGUGACUUUGGAAUCUCUCGCCUCCUAAAUAGGUCUAGCACAGUGUCCACGAGCUUCUACCAAACAACAAAUCCAAGGGGAACUUUUGCUUACAUGGACCCUGAAUUUCUUACAACUGGGGAACUAACAGCACGGUCUGACAUAUACUCAUUUGGCAUUAUCAUACUGCGACUGGUGACUGGGAAGCCAGCUUUAGGCAUUGCAAGGGAGGUGGAGGUUGCACUUGAUAAGGGUGAGUUGGAGUUGCUUGUUGACCGAUCUGCUGGAGACUGGCCGUUUGUGCAGGCUGAGAAGCUGAUGCUUCUUGGCCUGCAGUGUGCAGAGCUUAGCAGAAGGAAGCGCCCUGAUCGUAUGAAUCAUGUGUGGAGCGUGGUCGAACCCCUUGUAAAGUCUGCUUCGCUGCCAGUAGAACCAGAAUCCAUUGGACAUUGGGUGAAUAAGAACCGCACGCCAUUCUACUUCAUAUGCCCAAUUUCUCAGGAGGUCAUGAGGGAUCCUCACAUUGCAGCAGAUGGGUUCAGUUACGAAGAGGAGGCCAUCAAAGGAUGGCUCGGCAGCGGGCACAACACCUCCCCGAUGACAAAAUCAACUCUGGAACAUCUUCAGCUGAUCCCGAAUCUCGCUCUUCGUUCUGCCAUUGAGGAAUUUAUGCAGCAGAAGCAGCAGCAGAUUCCAUCAUAGUAAUUAGUUCAGUGAACUUGAUUAUUCUUAGCUUCAUAAGUUGUAAAGUUGAUAGCUCAUUCUUUGUUCAGAAGUCUGCUCGUGUAGUGUAGCUGUUUUGUUUUGUGAGCAGCAACUUACAAUAAAUCGUGCAUGCUCAUAUGAGCAGGUGAUGAUCAGCUAGCAAAUGUUUGAUGUCAGAUUGUGCUUGAACAUAAUUGUUUCAGGCCACUUAGAAUCAUGGGACUUAUCAGUUUACUGUUGUUGGAAAUUGGUAAAAAUGAAUAUGGAGAUGAUUUUUUCCCCCUCGA